GAUCAGCACAAUCAGAUCUCACCACGAUCUCAUUGACAAACGCCCAUAACCGCAACCGCAGUACACGACCUCAAUCCGGAUAACAAGUGCGUGUAUUUCCAAGCACAUGGGCCGCCCAACUCAGAUUCCAAAUUUACGCCGUCCACGCUGUCGGCAACGGGUCCCGACAUUUGUCCAACAUCACUACUGUAGAGCACCUUAUUUGAUUGUAAGCUAAUUGUUCCCAAUAUAGACGGACUUUGGUCGGAAUUCUCUCCUUCCGAGUGUUCUAUUUCCGGUGUGAUUAUGGCUCUUUUGCUCGCAUGCGGCGUUCGAGUCGCGGCAAAUUAGUCGACAUUAUCGUUAGGUCGGACCAGCUCUCGAAUGCGGACAUUUGGGGAGGUCAAGCGAAGAGCCGACCAGGAUGGCAGCGAAAGAGGCAAGUGCGUGAGACAUGGACAUGGUCUGAGUGUUCGAGAAGCUUGAGGGACAUUGACAGCAGGGUGGCAGAUGCGCGUUGGAGGCACAGAACAGAUGAAAGAAAGAGCACGGUUCUUGGGAAUUCUCUGUUUCGAAACAUUCGAGUCGCAGGUUACGAGGGAAUUACAGAUGACGAGAAGGGGAAGGGGGAUGCGAUGAUGUUGCUGGUGGGACAGAGCGACACGGGGAUGAGAUUCCUUCGCCCGUCGGAGAGAAAAGAAGUCGGGAAAUCUGGGAAAGAGGGCUUGAGGGUACAGUAUCUCGGAAAGAUGCUGAUGCUGUUGACUGUACUCGGCAAGUUCAGGAGGGAGGGAGGGGUUGGGGUUGGGGUUGGGGUUGGGGUCAGGGAGGCUCGAGGUCUGGAAUCAAGUGCAGACAGAAUAGGGGGUCUCGGUAAAGUCGAUCUGGAGGAUUCACUGGAAUUUCUCAUGGAUGAAUGUUCGCGAUGUCCAAGCUUCAACUCGAAACAUGAGAAGAAACAAGAAGAAACAUCAGAUAAACCCCACAACCUGUACGAAAAACCCCCCAUCGGUAGCGAUGCUGACAUGCAGUCGGAGUGGGCAUGGCAGGGCAGGGCAGGGCAGGGCAGGGCUGGGCUUGGGCUCGGGACCAGGAUCAGAAGCUUCCAGGCGUGUCCCUCUCCUAAGCAACAAACAAACACUCUUCUGGAUCAUGGCGGCCGAGGAUUGCCUCGUGCAAAGUCUUCCUGUGAUGACGAACAGCCGCCGGCUAAUCCUGACGAGGGCGUACGUCUGGACGUCUGGAAUCAAGUCGGGCGCAGUCAACUUGCCCAAGUGUUGGUACUCGUACCAGUGACAAACGUAGGUAACAAAACCAACAAAACCAACAGAAGAAAAAGCGUAGCACCAAAGAAGGUUGCGGAAGAGGAGCCACGGGACUGGAUGCGGGAAAGUUAUUUCUCCUACUCCUAA